CUCCUCAGUCCUCCGCCGCCCGCCAUCGCGACUUCACGUGCCAGUGUCAAAAAGUGCCAGUUAAAUAAAAAAAAGUUAUCUCCACCAAAACCAUAAAACAAAAAGUGUUGUGUGUUCCCUGACUUUUGAAUAUCGAAUUGGAUUUUUGUUCCCGUGCCGCUAUGCUCCGGAGCCUGUAACCCGCGGCGACUCGGCGGAGGCUGCCCCCCCCCCGCACCAUGACCUCCGAGCGGGCCAUCCCCCACCUCCGGGACAUCUUCGGCCUCAACCAGCAGUACGACGGGAAGCCCUACGAUGACGACGACAAAACCAAAAAACCCUCAAAGAAGAAGAAAGACGAUUUUAAAACCUACAGCAACGGCGAUGUCAAAACCCUCGAGAGACACCUCAGCAUGAAGAAGACGAUCAGAAAGAAGAUCAUGAGGGACCUCCAACAGGCAUUCGUUGAGGAUCCUAAUGAGUUCAAGGUGGAGAACACGAGUCCUGAGAAACUGAAGGCUGAACUGAGCGCUGAAGCGGUCAAAUUCGGUGAGAAGAAAAGCAAUAAGAGUGAGCCAACCUUCCUGGACAUGCUGAGAGGGGAGACCAGGGCCGAGGAGGCCCGGGACGAGACUCCAGCCGCGGAGAAGACCAGCUUCUGGCGACGGCUCACCAUGAAGAACAAAAACAAGAGAUAACUCACGGCGUAUAUACUAGAGAGGUUAAAACAUAUUUCGUUUUGCAUUGUGAUGUAAUUUGUAAGUCGGCUAAGUUAGUGCUAAGUUAGGGUAAGGUGAAUGUGACGUAAUGUAGAGUAGAGUAGGCUCGUGGCAAUUCCUAACUGUUUGUUGUGGCAGUUCUAUUGUAAUUGUAAUGCAAUGAUGAUUAUUAUUAUUAAAAUAAUUUUACACUUUA